GAGAAAGGACAUUCUUAAUUCAAAAUAACAUCAAGGUUGAAAAGGAAUCAUCAUCAACAUUAUUUGAAUAUGGAAUGUAUUUAGAAGGGUUACCUUAUUCAAAUUUAAAUGUUAACCUUGACUUUUGGUUUUUAUAUCAAUUCUAUGAUAUGAAUAAGAAUCAAAAAUACAUUCAAAAUAAAGAUUAUAAUAAAUUUUAUUGUGACAUUCAUGAUGAUGUCAGGUAUAAAAUAGUUAGGAAUACGUUAUUUCAUUCCUUUUUACGACAAUUUAAAUUCAUUAACCCAAAAAAUUUAAAGAUUCGAAAUAAUAUUUUUGAUACCCACCUUUAUAAUUCACAAUUCUUUAAAGAGAUCAUCUCAAGUUUGAAAAUUUUAUCGGCAUUACACAUUUAUAUUGAUUAUCAGAUGAAGGAUAUUGUAAACGAAUUUUUAAAUCUCCUCUCGGAAAAUUGUUUUAACCUUAAUGAAUUCAAAGUAUCGGCAACGAUUAAUAUUGAACAUGAUUCAAGUAAAUUAUCAUGUUUACUUUCCACUCUUAUUAAACAACAAACAAAUCUUAAAAACUUCUACUUAAGGAUAAAUAAUCAAAAUAAUGAGGUCAAAAAUGUAUUUGAAUUAUUACAACCACACAGAAAUACCUUGACCACGUUGAAAUUGGAUAGUUGUCACUUUGAUGAGAGUUCAAUCGACCUACUGACAAGGUUUGAUAGUUUGGAAUCUCUGUACCUCUUUUGUUGUGAUGGAAUAGAUUUGAAUCUUUGUAAAAUGAUAUCAAAUUCUACGAUCAAAUUAAAGAAAUUGAAAUUACGAAACAAUUAUUGGGAACCAAACAUAACAGCGGCAUUGAUAAGCGCGAUAGGGAAUUCAUUAACAAUUCUGGUGCAUCAAGAAGUAUCCUUUCCCUUAAACAUCAAUGAUGAAGUUUACAAGUCGGUCAUCUCCUCUUGCAAGAAUUUGGAUAAAUUUGAAGCAUGGAUUGCUAAUUUAAUAAUUUUUGAUUACUUGAAAGAUAUUAAAUGUAAACACCUUUUCCUUCAUUUGGUAGAUUCUGAGGCG